AUGACGCAUCAUCAGGAGCAACUAGGGGUUCAGUAUCUUGCUCAAGGACACUUCGACAAGAUCACAAUGAACCUCCAACCUAUGGGUUGGGAGACAACCACUCUACCACUGAGCCAUGCCGCCUUUGAAAAGAGGAGCAGGGCUGUCAUUCGAUUAUCACCAGGUGGUGUGUUGCUUCCAAUGAACUUCGGCCAUGUCUCGGGGGAGGCAGGGGCAAUUGAGUCGGAGUGCACCAUGAUCCGUGUCUCCAUUGUUACGAUGGCUGAUCGUUGCUGUGGCUGUAAAGGAGUCACUGCCUGGAGAGGAGGGUCCAUCGACAGGUCGAAUCUCCGAUUGUCAGACACUGGGCCUAUUGUAACAGAUAGGAACUGGAAGGGCAUCGGUAUCUCCCUCCUUGUCAUUCUGGUGGUGCUUUCACUCAUUGGACUCUCAAUUGUUCUGCUAUCAAAAGAUGAUCGUGGACAUUUUGGAGGAUCACAAUUAACACUGGAUGAUAUCUUCCAACGGAAUUUCCAAAUACAUGAUCCAGAUGCAAAAUGGAUCAGUGAAAAAUAUGUCAUCUUUCUCAACUGGGAUGGAGACUUGCUGAAAAUCAACACAGAGAGCAACCAAACAGAACUCUUGCUGAAAAACACCACUUUUUCCACCUUUAAAGCCUCAAAGUUUGCAGUUUCUCCGGAUCUGAACUUUAUUCUUCUGGGAUAUGAUGUCAAGCAGGUUUAUCAACAUUCUUUCAUGGCAUCAUAUCUAAUCUACAACCUGUAUACAAGGGAAGUUAUGGAGCUCAAUCCUCCAGAAGUUUCCAAUUCAGUCCUCCAGUUUGCUUCAUGGGGAGUUGGUGGUCAGCAGUUGAUAUACAUAUUUGAAAACAACAUUUACUACCAAUCCGAUGUUCAGAGCAGCUCAUGGAGACUCACAUCAUCUGGACAGGAGGCCAUCAUCUUCAAUGGCAUUGCAGACUGGCUGUACGAAGAGGAGGUUUUGCAUAGUCAAGCAGCUCACUGGUGGUCGCCUGAUGGCUCAAGACUUGCUUACCUGACCAUUAAUGACUCCCUUGUCCCAAACAUGCUUCUGCCAUCUUACAUGGGUUCGAUUUACCCAAGGGGGAAAGAGUACCCAUACCCAAAGAUGGGUCAAAUCAAUCCCACUGUAAGCCUUUAUGUUGUCCUUCUCGAUGGCAGCUCCCAAACAACUCAACUGUUACCUCCAGACAGUCUUGUAAAAAGUCAAGAUUACAUCACCAUGGUGAAAUGGGUGACAGUGGACACGUUGGCUGUGCGCUGGGUAAAUCGGGCACAAAACAUGUCCAUUCUUACGCUCUGCGACAUACAUACAAAUAAAUGCGCAAAGAGACAUGUGCUGAUUUCAGAUAAGUGGAUCAGUCGACAGAAUGAAGAGCCGAUGUUUUCCAAAGACUGUACAAUAUUCUUCACGACAUUGCCGCGACAACACAUUGUACUUGGAGCAUUCCGCCACGUGACUAUGAUCUCCAACCAAGGAGACGACGUCAAACUUCUUCCUUUGACCUCUGGGAGCUGGGAGGUCUCUCAAAUUCUGGGCCAUGAUGAGAGCACCAAAUCUGUUUAUUUCCUAAGUAAAGAGACCGGCACAGCACAACAACAGCUAUACAGGGUCUUCGCCGUGGAGCCGUUCCAUAAAGAAUGCCUCACUUGCGACCUCUUCAAGUCACAAUGCACGUACUAUGAUGCAGUGCUCAGCACAAACUAUCAGCAUGUCCUUCUCAAAUGUAGAGGCCCUGGAAUACCCCAAACGACGCUGCACAGAUUAAAUAAAAUGGAAGACUACACGACUCUGGAGAAGAACACGGUAUUCCAACAUUCUCUGGCCAACCGAAAAUUACCAAAGCGAGAAAGACGCACUGUAGAAAUCGACAAUGUUGCUCUUCAUGUGGAGUUAACCGUCCCUAACGAUUUUGAUGAAACAUAUGAGCAUCCACUUCUCAUUAUUCUCCGCAGCACCCCCGGUGGUCAGACUGUGAGUGACCGAUUCAGCAUGAAUUGGGAUUCAGUGCUUGUCAGUUCAGAAAACAUCAUUGUGGCUCGUCUGGACGGUCGAGGUAGCAGCUUCCAGGGGCAGAGGGUCCUGCAUGAAGUCCACCAGCAACUGGGCACUGUUGAUGUUGCAGAUCAGAUCGCAAUUGUAGAACACCUCAUCAAGCUCCCAUAUAUCGAUGGGAAUAAAGUUGCAGUUUAUGGAAAGGCAUAUGGGGGCUUUCUUACGUCAAUCCUAUUACUCUCCCACAGCUCAACUUUCAGCUGCGGCAUAGCAGUCGCUCCGAUCGCAAACUGGAGAUUUCAUGGCUCAGCUCUCACUGAGAAAUAUUUUGGAUUUCCGCCUAAAGAAGAUCUCAAGUACCAGGUUGGACUAUAA